CGGAGGAGCGCGCGGCCGCGAGCAAAGGAGGGAGGGAAGGAAGGAAGAGAAGGAGGCGGGCAGGCAGGCAAGCGCGGGGGUCGGGGACUGAGGCAGUAGAGAGAGGCGAGAGCCCGGCAGCCGCUUCGCGCUGUGUUUGCUGCGCGGGCUUUUGGAGGGGGCGACCGUUGAGUCGGUCCAGGAGAAGCGGGCACCGGCGGCGUUGGUGCUGGCGCCUGGGGGCGGGGGACUGGAGAGGCAAGAAGGGGGGUCGCUGCGGUGGUUCUCUCGCUGUCGCGCUCUCCUUGCCUUUCUCCCGGCUCGGUGGGCUUCCCCCGGCGUCUCACUCGCCUCCGGGGCCCCGCUCCCCGCCCCCCGCGGUAUGUCUUGAUCCCGAGCAGCGGGUUUCAUGGGGCUCCUUAGGAUUAUGAUGCCGCCCAAGUUGCAGCUGCUGGCGGUGGUGGCCUUCGCAGUGGCGAUGCUCUUCUUGGAGAACCAAAUCCAGAAACUGGAGGAGUCCCGAUCGAAGCUAGAAAGGGCUAUUGCAAGACAUGAAGUUCGAGAAAUUGAGCAGCGACAUACAAUGGAUGGUCCUCGACAAGAGGCAGCACUAGAUGAGGAGGAGGAUAUGGUGAUCAUUUAUAACAGAGUCCCCAAAACUGCAAGCACCUCUUUUACCAAUAUUGCCUAUGACCUUUGUGCAAAGAAUAAAUACCAUGUUCUUCACAUCAACACUACCAAAAAUAAUCCAGUGAUGUCACUACAAGACCAGGUACGCUUUGUAAAGAAUAUAACUUCCUGGAAAGAGAUGAAACCAGGGUUUUAUCAUGGACAUGUUUCUUAUUUGGAUUUUGCAAAAUUUGGUGUGAAGAAGAAGCCAAUUUACAUUAAUGUUAUAAGGGAUCCUAUUGAGAGGCUAGUUUCUUACUAUUAUUUUCUGAGAUUCGGAGAUGAUUAUAGACCAGGGUUAAGAAGACGAAAACAAGGAGACAAAAAGACCUUUGAUGAAUGUGUAGCUGAGGGCGGCUCAGACUGUGCUCCGGAGAAGCUCUGGCUUCAAAUCCCAUUCUUCUGCGGCCACAGCUCGGAAUGCUGGAAUGUGGGAAGCAGGUGGGCCAUGGAUCAAGCCAAGUAUAACCUAAUUAAUGAAUACUUUCUGGUGGGAGUUACUGAAGAGCUUGAAGAUUUUAUCAUGUUACUGGAGGCAGCUUUGCCCCGGUUCUUCAGGGGUGCUACAGAACUCUACCGUACAGUAGGAAAGAAAUCUCAUCUUAGGAAAACCACGGAGAAGAAGCUCCCCACUAAACAAACCAUUGCAAAACUGCAGCAGUCUGACAUAUGGAAAAUGGAGAAUGAGUUCUAUGAGUUUGCUCUGGAGCAGUUCCAGUUCAUCAGAGCCCACGCCGUACGGGAAAAAGACGGAGACCUCUACAUCCUCGCACAAAACUUUUUCUAUGAAAAGAUUUACCCUAAAUCGAACUGAGUACAGGUGUGACUGUUCGAUUCUUGAACUAAAACUUUGACCCUGUCUUCACCUUAGUUCUCAGCUCUACAGCUCGGUUGCUGAUAGGUGUAUAAGACCAUUUGUAUUGAGCCAAGUUAGGAAACAGACAGAAACACCGAGGAAGUAGAUACUGGCUGGUAAGUUUCAGUGGCCUGAGAAGUUUAAGUUUCAGCCUUUCUUUCUUUCUUUCUUUCUUUCUUUCUUUCUUUCUUUCUUUCUUUCUUUCUUUCUUUCUUUCUUUCUUUUUUUUUUUUUUUUUUUACCCCCCUGGUUACAUUUUCAUGGGAGUUAUAAUCUCCUGCCUGGAAAAAAAAGCCUACACAUCACCUAAAAAUCAACACAUAGCAGGUCUAGUCAGAGGCUAAAUACAAUUUCACAAAAAAGUUCUGACACUCCCUUUUUGAUAAAGCAUUUUUUUUCCAACUAACCAUGAAUGAAGAUGAGUCCAUUUGCUGCUUCCACCUUCACCUGGAGGUUCGAGAUACACACCUGUACCGAAUAGUGUUAUUAACUGUUGGGCAGUGUGUGCUUUGUUUUCGUGAAUCCUGUCUCAUGAAAUUUACUGGAAUGUUUGAUCCUGUUUGCUGAGAAUGUCUCUGCUGUAGUUGGAAUUGCCCAUAUUUAUGUAGGCCGUUUUAAUAUUCUUUAAAAAAAAAAAAAAAGAUCUUUAGUGUUAAAAACCAAUUUUAAAAUAAUCAAAGCAGUAUUUCUCAUUCCUGUCUCCACACUACCUAAGACUGGGGAGACACUUCAAAGAAUGCUGACGUUUUAGUUUAAGACUUCCACACAUUAAUAUCAAAAAAGUAAGUUUAGUAUUUGUUCCCCCAUGGGUUAUUUGUAAAGCAGUAAACUGACAUUGGUGAUUCCAUAUUAUAACUCCAUUAGUGAGCUGUGGUAUGGGUAGGAUUUUCCUACUUCUUCUGUACUUUUACUUGUAGACUAUUUUUACUAAGGUGCUUUAUAAUGUGUUUUAAAGCAUUGCAUUUACAAAAAAAGAAAGGAAAAUGCUGUAAAUAUUGCAUAUUUUAUGUAUUUGGACCAAAAGGUUAGACGUAAUUAGAUAAAAGUGGUUUUGCACCCGUUUUAUGAAGUCAAGUAAAAUCAUCAGACCUACUGUUCUUGUAGUUCUCAUUUAACUUUACUGUUAAGACAUCACUGAAAUGAACUUCAGUAACCUUUCAAUUUUGAUACACAGUACAUUGUUCAUAAUUGGGGCAGUAGCUAUAGUGGAAGGAGUACUGGACAAGGAGUCAGAAAAUUUGAUUUCUGGUCCUGGCUCUGCCGCUUAUCAGCUGUGUGAUCUUGGGCAAGUCACUUAACCUCUCUUUGCCUCAAUUUCCUCAUCUUGAAAUGAGGAUACUAAUACCUGCUGUACCUACCUCGCAGGGGUGUUGUGAGGAUUACAUGAGAUGGCAUGUGAAAGCACUUUGAAAACUGUAAUGCGCUAUAUAAACGUAAGGUAUUAUGGAAACAUCUUUAACAUAUGGUUUCCUACCAUUCAUUUUUUUAACAAAGAAAGGGAAAAGUCCACUUAUUAGCUGGUUGGGGAAAAAAGUGAAUCUUGAUAGGAAUUUGUGUUUGAUAAAUAUCUUCUCUGUUUUAUCUUCUCUGUUUCAACAACUAUGGAAAUACGAAACACCUGUGAACUAACUCUUAAAGAUUCAUGAACAGCUGCUUGAGUUCAGGAGGUUCCCUGUUUGAAAAAGACUUUCUUAGCUGACUCAGGGCAGGGUACAAUUUGCUCUUCAACUUUGGAGAGACUUGUCUGGUUUUAUUUUCCAUUACCAUUCAGAAAUGGUAGCUCUUUUUUACCUCUGGUUGUUCAGGUAUAUUUUGCAGAGUUUCAUUACCCUGUGCGUUCUUUGCCAUCUUUCCCUUCUUGGAGUAACUGAGGUAAGAUUUUUAGACACGUUUUCUAAAAGAAUGAUCUUUACUAUGUUUAGUUUAAAUAAACACUAUUCCUGAACAAGUCCUCACAAACUAGUUAAACAUUUUAGGCAGACUACUCUAAAGGUUAUUAACUGUACGGGAGGUGAGGAGGGAACACUACUUAAUGAAAAAACAUAGAUUUAAAGAAAAGCUAAAGGAAGUUGGUGGAAAGAAUCAGUUUAGCGCCCUUCCCUCCCACCUCCAAUACUAGGAGGAUAUUAAGAGAACAUUGGCAGGCACACUUUUCUUACUUGGCUUUCUUUCUUUCUUGUGUAUUUAUUAACUUUUACAGAUAUUUGUUGAAAAUCUAUACAAAUUAUUCCCUUGCCCAAAAGUAAAGCACCACCUUAAGGUGAUGUGUUUGACAUUUAUUCUGCUAAGGAACCCCCAGUAUGCAGGUUACUCUUGGAGUACAUGCUAAAGUCUUCUUGAGGUGCACUAACUCUUGGGAAACUAGAGUAGUAUGGAGUGCCCUACAUCAUGGGUUCAGUCAACUUUUCCUUUGAAGAUACGGAGAGUAUAUGUUUUAGGCUUUGCAGUCUGUACAGUCCCUGUCGAAACUACUCAACGCUUGUCAUGUUAACACAAAAGCAAGGAUAGAUAGCACAUAAAUGAGUGAGCAUGGCUGUGUUCCAAUAAAACUUUAUUACAAAAGCAAGUGACAUGCCAGAUAGGGACCAUUGGUUGUAGUUUACCAACCCCUGUAAUAGAUCAUUAUUUAUGGAAAAAUCAUUUUUAAAUCUGUAUUCUAGUGACCUAAAAGUUUAUAUACUUCCAAAAGCUCCUAACUUCUAUCCAAAGAAUAUCUUUCUCAUUCGGGCGGUCUCUCCCACAGAUUCAUAAACUUUCAUGAGUUAGAUUGCUUCCAGGUGAGCAUGUUUUCUUUCCCAGUUUAACAGUUUGGAAUAGAGGCAUUUAUUCUGUCAUCUUGUAGGAUAGGUUAGGGAGUAUCCUUCCUGGAGACUGAGAAAGGGUUAGAUUUAAUUCCAUCUGGUCCAAUACAGCCCUAGGAGUCUGACAACCGCAGAGUCCUCGUAAUAUCUAACUUUAUAUUAAUAAUAAAAAUAAAAACAUAGAACCACUGAGACAAUAAUGUAUUUUUUAAAAGUGGCAAAUGUGGUUUCCUUUUUUCAGCCUUUGCGCUUUUUCAGUAUUUUGACCAUAGGGAAUUUUUUUUUUAAUAAUACAAAAGCAAAUUAACCACUCUGUAUUGUAAAAAAACGAUGUUAUGUGUGUGUGUGUGUGUGUGUGUGUGUGUGUGUACAUCUAUGUUUAUUUCCUAAAAGAGGAAAAAGUACUUUUUUUUUGUUCAACUUGUAUCAACUCCUGUUUUCUAAUUGCUGUGAAAUGGCAACUGUUGAUAAAUUAUUGUGACUUUUAAAAUAUAAUGGGGAGGAUAUAUUUUGGUUUUACGGAGCUUUAAUCUGUAAAGUAUCACUUAAAUAUAUCUGAUAGCAGCACUUAAAAUAUUGCAUGGGGAUUACUUUUCUAUCAUCCAUACCCAUCUGUGCAACUUUGAACAUACUGGGUGCUUCUGAAUUCUUGGUGAUUGGGUUUCAAUUAUUGAAAAUCAGAGAACUUAAACUUACUGACUUUUAAACUUUAAAUUUUAUUUUGUAGUCUUAAAAUUCAGUUAAUGCCUAUAAUUUGAAAUCUGGUGUUGCUCUUUCUCAAUAUAUGUCCUACUGGAAAUUCCUGAAAUUGUUAGUGCCAUCAGUGGUUUACAAACAGUAUUUUGAUAUUACAGAUGAUUUGCUCAUUGUAUUUGCAUAGUUAGAAAGAAAAUAGUUUGUAGACGAUGAUUCUCUUUUUCUAAUAAAAUGAAAUAAAAGUUCUUAAA